AGAUGAAAAGAGAAGAGUGGGUAAUUGUAGUUUUUCUGUGGGAUUUGCGUGUUUACCGUUCUCAAACUAUAUUAACCAAUUGAAUUGAAAUUCUUCCAUUUUCACAUUUUCUCAUUAAAUAAUUAAUAUUAUUUUACAUAAAUAUAAAUAAUAAAUAUAAUAACAUGUGAUAUAUAACAAAUAUGUUGGGGGUUUUUUACAUGCCUUAGAUUUUCUUCUUCACCAUCACAACCUCUUCUUCUCUCUCUCUUCAAACCCUAAUUCUGGAUCUUCUUUUUCCUCUCUUUCUUUAUCUACCUCAACAGGAUCAGGAAUUAAAGUAGUGGGAUCAAGAAUGGAAGAUAUUGAUGUUGGGUAUGAGUUAUAUUCUUUCUUCUUAUAGAUGGUUUUAAUUAACACAAUAGAAAAUGGUACCACCUUGGAUAGUGUUUGAAUUGGUAUAAGUUUUAUGUAGGGUUUGCUAAGGAUCUUCUAGGUUUUAUUUAAAUUUUGAAUUAAUCAGCGAUGUGGAGUUUGAAAAAGUUUGACCAUUGUCCUAUUGAUAUGAUUGUCAAUGAAAUGGCAAUUUAAUUCAUGGGAUUGUGAAUAUUUAUUUUUUGUUUUCGGAGUAUUGAAUUGAAUUUAUCGAGGGGAGAAUGGAGAAUGUGUGUGAUGUGAAUCAGUUGGAUGCUGAUGUUCUUUUGCCACCUCGGAAACGGCUUCUCGCCGGAUUGAAAAAACAGAGUUCAGAUGGCGAUGCUACUGCAUCUCCAUCUCCUGUUGCUGCUUCUUGUGUUACAGAUGUUGCUUCCCCUUCAUCUACAUCAUUUUCAAGUGAAUUUGAAGCUCGACUUAAGCAUUUGUUGAAUUGUCAUUCAAAUAACCCUAACCUUACACCUGAGGAGGUUGCCGAGGCCUCAAGAAAAGCAGCAGUCACUGCAACUAAGACUGCCGAGGCAGCAAGAGCUGCAGCUGAAGAAAAAGCUGCAAUAGCAGCAAAGGCGGUUGCUGCCGCCAAGAGUGCUUUAGAUUUGGUUGCUUCCUUUUCCGAGGAGGCGACAAACAAGGAAAGAAAUCUGAAAAAGAACAAGUCAAAGAAGCAUGUCCCAGUUCAGCUCUUGUACAAAAAAAACAAACCGAUUGAGAAUUGUAGGAAAGACGAAGAAUUAGCUCGAAAGUUACACCGUGCCAUGAACAGUUCUCCGAGAAUCUCUAAGAACUCUCCAAAAUCAGAUUCAAAAGGUAGUAGACCGAAGAGGCCUAGAAGCUCUUCGAGUUUUGAAAUAACCGAGGGCUCUGUUGGACAAGAUUGCUUAUCUUUGAACAAUGGCCAUGCAAUAGUGGGAAAGAUAGAUUCGGAAGGAUCCAACCAAGAGGUAUGCUCAAGUAAGAAAGAUAAGAAGGUAAUCAAAUACGAUAGAUCUAGCCAAAUAGAGAUAGAUAACGGGGAAGCAGAGUCGAGCCAAUCAAAGCCGAAAAACUAUGAAGAUUCAUCAUCUCCCAUAGGCAAGAAGAGAGGAAGGACAAAGCUAAAAAAGUUGCCCUUAAGCAUUUGCACCUCGAAAGAUAAGGCACAUCCAAGGGAAGAAAUAAAAAACAGAAGUUCUUCAUUGACUGAAAUGAACACAGGCAAUCAGCCUGUUCAUACUAUACCCGUGUUUCCAGUGGAGUCAUCGACUGACCGAAUGAUGCCGAUGGAGGCAACAUCAACAUGGAAAUGCCAGGACUUCAAGGUACCGGCUUGUAUCAAACAAAAUAAAGCUGUGCAGUCAUAAUAAUAUUCAUAUAUACUACACUACAUUGGGAUGAGGACUGUGUUCUACUGUGAUAGAUGUUGUUGAUAGGUGAGGUAGUAAUCAUGAUGCUUCUUCUUCUUUUUUUACAAUAUGGUAUUUUAUCUCUUUUGUAAAAUCGUAUGUUUUGUAAUGAAUUUGAACUGAUUAAAUGUAAAUUUAGAUUAUAAGUGGGGCUUGCAUUACUUCUGUGUUACUUUAAUUGACAGGAAAGGUUGAGUUUUAGGUAGGAGGAGGAUGUUAUGAAUUUGAACACCCUUUUCAUUGUGCUGUAUUAUUUCUGUCCCUCAUUUGUAAUAAUGAGAAUAAAAGGUGAAAAACUUCUUGGUAUUUCUAUUUA